CUAUUGGUUGGCGGGGAGCAGUGAGAGGUGAAAGGUUAACUCAUGGGUUUGGAUGAUCAAGCGGGCUGCAGAGCAGUGAAGCACACUAGCUUUUGUUCGUAUUAGCUUGUUUAGUAGGGAAUUGAUUUGCGAAUAUUUCAUCUAACGCAUAUUUAAGGUAACGAAAUUCGUUAUUUAAGCCACUUCAAUCUUUUUAGAUUGUAAGUUAGUUGGUGUCAGUUCACCCUCAGAUAAGUUUGGCGGCUAAGCUAACACAAAGUUUUCGCGGUUCUUCAGUUUGACGUCUGAUCCCGCAUCUUAAACAACACAAAUCGGUUAAUAUAAACCAAAAUACAUUACAUCGUCGUGUUGCAUCUCUUUUGAGUGUGUAUUCAGUGUAAUGGCCGAGAGACCAGAGGACCUCAAUCUUCCCAAUGCUGUCAUCACGCGGAUUAUAAAGGAGGCAUUGCCAGAUGGAGUUAACGUCUCCAAGGAGGCAAGACGAGCGAUAUCUCAAGCAGCCAGUGUUUUCGUUCUCUAUGCAACAUCUUGUGCAAACAAUUUUGCUAUGAAAGCAAAAAGGAAGACGCUCAACGCUGGAGAUGUGAUGUCAGCUAUGGAGGAGAUGGAGUUUGAGCGUUUCUUGCAACCCUUGCGGGAAGCACUUGAAGCUUACAAGAAAGGUCAGAAAGGCAAGAAGGAGGCAUCUGAGCAAAAACGUAAGGACAAGGAGAAGAAGAGCAGCAGCACAGAUGAGAAUGACAAGAGUAGAGAUGAAGAGGAAGACGAGCACAUGGAUGAUGAGCAGGAGGGAGAGAAUGAAGGAGAGGAAGAGGAUGUGGAGAACUGAGAACAAGCAGGAUUUUUGUAUUUGUUCAGUCCGUCCUGGUUUCCAUCAACCAUGGCAAAUAAUAGUUUCCACGUUAAUGGUGAGACAAGGACAAGCCUAUGGUACUGAAUACAAGUGUUUCACGUUAAGAAAUUGAGCAACUGUACAAAAACAGUUGUGGCAACUUUCCUGCGGAGUGCUAAUUUGAAUACAGUGAGAUAUUUCAAGGAAAACUGCACAUUGUCUCCUCAAAUUCACUUUAAUCAGUUAUACGUAAUGCAGCAGUACCCACACAGUUUUAAGCAAAUAAAUUUACUGUCAAGAAAUGGAAAAAAAAAAGUGAUGUUAAUGUUUAGGAUGAGGAAUAAAAUGUGAGCAGCUUGAAGUACUUAAACAUUUUGUAAACAUGGUUUCUGCUGUUGCGAAACAUACUAUGCCACCCCGUUUUAAAAGUCAGGCUUUUGUUGUAGGGCAACACAUACCUAAGCUUACAUACUUUUGUACCGAGUCUUUAUAUAACUACAACAUUUGAAUACUUUUUAUUUCAAUUAAAGAGUUCUUUUUUUGUUCCUCAAUUUA